GCUGCUUGCAAGUGAGCAGGGUUCUGCUAAAAGGCUUUGUGACACCAGUGCCGAGUCAUAGAGGUUCUGCCAGCCCCUAAGAGAAGCCCUCUCCCCUUUCCUGCUGAUGCUUUUGCCCCCCUGGGCAGAGUUUGGCCCGUGUGGUGCUGAUGGAGGAGGAUGGAGUUUCUCGGAACCCUGCAGACCGCCAGUUACUGUGGCCCCAAGAAGGCCUGUGAUCUGGCCACGCUGCCCCCCGCCGUGCAGGCCCCCGUGGUCCAGGAAUGCUACCAGCCCUACUACCUGCCCGGGUACCGCUACCUCAACUCGUGGAGACCCAGCCUCUUCUACAAGGUCUCCAACAUCAAGACCUGCCCGGAUGAGGGGGCUGCAGGCCGCCACGCCCUACAGCCCCCCACCAUCCUGCCGGCGCUGCGCUCGGCACUCUUCUGCCGCUACAGCCCCCACGACUGGGCGCAGGCCAACCAGCUGCAGCUGCGGGGCGCCGAGGCCUCCCGGCUGUGGGCCGGCCGCCUGACGGGCGACUCCAUGCGGCUCCUGCAGGACAAGGACCAGCUGACCCAGCAGAUGCAGGAGGGCACCUGCCGCCACCUGGGCCAGCGGCUGUCGAACAUCGGCUUCUGGAAGGCCGAGCUGGGCUACGAGCUAGAGAGGCUUCUGAACGAGAGUCACAGCAUGGAGACGAUCAAGAGGCGGCUGGAGUGCGCGGCCAGCGAGGUCAACUGUCCCCUGCAGGUGGCCCUGGAGUGUCUGUACCAUCGAGAGAAAAGGAUCGGCAUUGAUUUGGUCCAUGACAGCGUGGAGAAGAACCUCAUCCGGGAGGUCGAUUUGCUAAAAUGUUGCCAAGAACAGAUGAGAAAACUAGCCCAAAGAAUUGAUAUCCAGAUGCGGGACAACCGAGAUGCCCAGCACGCUCUGGAGAGAGACCUCGAGGACAAAACCUCAGCCCAGUUUAUCGACGAGAAGUGCUUUAACUUGAGGAACACAUCGGACUGCAUCACCUUCUUCCACGGCAUGGAGAAGAUAGAUGGCACGAUCUCGGUGCCCGAGACCUGGGCCAAGUUCAGUAACGACAACAUCAGGCACUCACAGAACAUGCGGGCCAACUCCAUCCGGCUGCGGGAGGAGGCCGAGAACCUCUUCGAGUCCCUGUCGGAUCAGAUGUGGAAGCAGUUCACCGACACCACCCUGGCCUUCAACGCCCGCAUCUCCGACGUGACGGACGUGAAGAACAAGCUGCAGACGCAGCUGGCUAAGACGCUGCAGGAGAUCUUCCAGGCGGAGAACAUCAUCGCCAUGCUGGAAAGAUCCAUCACGACCAAGGAGUGCCCACUGAAGGUAGCGCAGACGAGGCUGGAGUGCCGCACAUGGCGCCCCAACGUGGAGCUGUGCAGGGACAUCCCGCAGUUCAAGCUGGUGAACGAGGUCUUCACCAUCGACGACACGCUGCAGACCCUCAAGUUGAGGCUGCGGGAGACGCAGGACACCCUGCAGCUGCUGAUCGUGACCAAGUCCCGGCUGGAGCACGAGCUGGCCAUCAAGGCCAACACCCUCUGCAUCGACAAAGAGAAGUGCAUGGGGAUGCGCAAGGCCUUCCCCAGCAUCCCACGCCUGGUGGGCUACACCUGAGCGGCCACCGCCAGCCCCUCACGUGCCCUGCUCGGAGCCAGCUCGUCGCGGGGCGUAAGGUUUGAAAAAUCGGAAAAACAAAAUAAACGAAAGUGUCAUUUUCUCCCUUUCCUUCUAUGAUGAAAAAAAUGUAUAUAUAUU